UAAAAACAGAAACAUUCCAGUCAAGGAAAAAUUACCUAGACGGCAGCGUUUUGGAGCCGGGGAAAGUAAAGAAAAACCCUUGUCACAUUGCUGAAGCAGAGAAAGGAACAGAGCUCCCAAGAAUUUGUCGCUACUUCUGAAGUGUGUUGUGCGCAGGUUCAUAUGGCUUUGCGAGGGGUUUGGCAACUUCACAAACUGAUUGUUAGUUACUGCAACUGGGGUGGAAGUAGCAGAGGUAUAAGGGCAUUUAUGGAGUCUCAGUUGCCCAUAUUUAAAGAGAAGAAUCCUCAAAUAGAGGUGGUCACUGAGCUCAUCCGCGGUCAGCAUCCUCAUCUGAAGGGUUUUUACAAGAACAAAAACCAGCGAGUGAUAUGUGUGAAGAAUAUGGAUCCAGAAGACAUACUUUUGCAUGCAACCAGACUAAGGAAUGCAUUGGGCAGAAAGGUAGUGAAAUUGAGGUCAAGAGAUGUAACCAAACACCCUAGUGUGCAAGGUACGUGGACAACUGCUGUGAAAUAUUAAGAACUAGGUAUAUGAGAAAGUUACCCUUGGUGUAUUUGACAAGAUUUUCCUUCUCUUCCGGUGACUUAGUCAGUUUGUGAACUGGUGAGAGUAAGUUCUAAUUUUAUCUAUCUGGCGCCAUUUCCAGUCAAUAGUUCAUAUACCUUUUUUGUGGUUAUGUUGUUUGCUUCCCCGUGUUGAGAUUAGCGAGAUAGAAAAAAGCAUGACAAAAGUGAUUUUUUGUUCCCUAUAAAGCUCUGCUAUGUUUUAGUAGAGGGAAUGUUACAAUAGGCUAUUAGGCCAAAUGAUGGAAUGUUUACUUUUUAAAAAGACCA